CUGCUUCAAACCAAACUAUAAUACAGGUUGCGGUUCGUUCAAGUUUCCUGCUAUAGGAGAAGAUUUCGCGCGAUGUUUUUAAAUUAUUAUUUUGUUUUUGUGUUUUAAUUUUUAACUAAUUAGAUACUUUUUUUUUUGGAUUUAUUAAUAUGAGUGGAAAUAACGGUACGACGCUGGUGACCAAUGGAAGUUCGAGUAUGGAAAUUGCACAGAGUAAUCAGGACUUGCUCCUAUCAAAAGGCAAAAGGAAAAAACGGAAUUGGAUAAUAGCUUCGGUGAUUGGAGCCAUAGUUGUAGCCCUAAUAAUAGCUGCCAUAGUUUUACUGAAAAACGGUCCAGGUCACGAUAGUCAUGCUGAGCAGCAAGUAGCUGAAACUAUUAAUUUAGAAGACUUUUUAAAAUAUAAAUAUAAUCCUAGAAGUUUUAAUGGAACAUGGGUUACAGGAAACGAGUUUCUAUACAGAGACACCGAUAAGAAUUUAGUAUUGCACAAUUUAGCCACUGGACAGACUAGUAACAUUUUGUAUUCCAAUGACAGUAUUAUUCUAACAGCCUUCGAUUUCACAAUAUCAGCCGACCGACAAUAUUUGUUAAUAGCUCACGACUACCAAAAGCUUUACAGACAUAGUUUUAGGGCGCGAUACACCAUAAUAAAUUUAUCCACUAACUCCAGGACAGAUUUGAGAGCCGAUGAUACCAUUACUGGUCUUGAUUUGUUUUUAGUUGAAUGGGCACCAAUUGGAAACGCUUUGGUUUAUGUUUACGAAAACAAUAUUUACUAUAAGGAAAACGCUGCUGAAUCAACCCAAGCUGUUGCCAUAACAAGCACUAGCAAAAACGAAUUUGUUUUCAAUGGAAUGCCUGAUUGGGUUUAUGAAGAGGAAGUCUUCAGUUCAAACAAAGCUCUCUGGUUUUCUGGCGAUGGGAAAAAGCUGGCCUUCAUUCGAUUUAAUGACGCCGAAGUUAACGUUAUGGUGGUACCAAUAUAUGGAGAGCCUGGAAGCUUGUAUUUCCAAUAUCCCAGAGCGAACAUUGUUAAAUAUCCAAAGGCUGGAACUCCCAAUCCAACUGUAGAACUAUUUGUCUACGACUUUGUUUCUACAGAGCUAACCAAAUUACAAACAACAACCACAUUAGAAAAUGAAGAGCACAUAAUUACUGCAGUAACUUGGGCGGCCAAUGAUUCUUUAGUAGCAGUAUGGAUGAAUAGAGUACAAAAUCAUGCAGAUAUAGUCGUUUAUGAACAACUAUCCAGUACUCCAACAAUUGUUAAAACCAUAGCAGAAUCAUCUGGUUGGAUUGAUAUGUUCGUACCUCCAAUGGUUUCAGAAAGCGGAACCCAAAUAGCCUUGAUACUAUCAAAGCCCGAAGAAAACGCUCGAAAUUCAUACAGACAUUUGGCUUUACUUGAUGUCAAAGCUGGAUCCACAGAACAGUUCCUCACCGAGGGUACUUAUGUGGUUACAGAACUUCUCGGCUGGAACCAUGAGGAUAAUUUAAUCUUCUACACAGCCACAACCCGAAAUGACUCCUCUAUCCAGCACGUCUACUCAGUCUCACUGACAUCCAAAAACAUCAAGUGUCUCACUUGCCCCCUAAAAUCAAAAAACGGCAACAACCCUUGCCUUUACAACUCUGCGGAAGCCAAUCCCGAUUCGUCCUACUUAGUAGUCACUUGCAACGGUCCGGACAUACCAUCUAUUUCAAUAAUUUCAGCUAAUGGUACUGAAAAAGCUGUUUGGACUACCAACGAAGAUCUAGCGGACCUUUUGGGCGGAAAAACUGUUCAUAAUAAGAAGAAAUUUGAAUUUGAAAUUGCUGAUGGGUUUACAGCUAAAGUUAUGUUGAAAUUGCCUCCUAAUAUGGAUUAUAGUGGGAAUACCAAAUACCCUAUGCUAGUUAAUGUGUAUGGUGGACCAGACACCUACCAAGUAAUCGAUAAGUUCUCCCUGGACUGGGGCAGCUAUUUGGCAGCUAAUAGAAGCAUUAUCUAUGCCACAAUCGAUGGAAGAGGCUCUGGGCUUAGAGGCAACAAUUUACUGUUUGCGGGCUACAGAAAAUUGGGCACUGUAGAGGUAGUCGAUCAAAUCAACGUUACCAAAAUUAUCCAGCAAAAGCUGCCCUAUGUAGACGCUUCCAGGACAGCAAUUUGGGGCUGGAGCUACGGGGGUUACGCAGCUGGAAUGGCUUUGGCUACAGACACCGAUAAUGUGUUUAAAUGUGGUAUUUCUGUAGCUCCUGUCACUGAUUGGACUUUAUAUGACUCUAUCUACACUGAAAGAUUCAUGGGUCUACCAACAGUGUCAGAUAACCUUGAGGGCUACACCAACUCACAAUUGCUCACAAAAUAUUCUGGUCUCAAAAACAAAGAGUACUUCCUCAUCCAUGGUACUUUUGACGACAAUGUCCAUUACCAACAGUCAAUGAUGUGGGCUAAAGUACUUGAAAGAAAUGAUGUACUUUUUAGGCAAUUGAGUUAUACUGAUGAAGAUCACAGUUUAAGUGCGGUACGACCUCAUUUAUAUCAUUCAUUGGAAAAUUUCUUGGACGAAUGUUUUGUUAAAGAAUCGUAACUUGUGUAAAAUAUUUAUGUUCCUGUAUCAAAAUGUGUUUCUAUUUAUAUACAUAGUGCAUCCUGGUUUUUAUAUACCUACAUCCUGUCUAUUUGUAACGGUGGACGGUCCCAGACUCGUCUAGACCUUCGACAACGUUAUGGGGUGUCUCCCGCCAGUCUAGAAGCACCUUCAAGUUUUAAUGUAUAUAAUAUAAAUUUUUGGAUCUCUAAGGCUUAGUUGCAUAAAAAUUUAUUUAACCAGAACAAUCUAAGCCUAAGUGAAAGUAUUUUGUACAUACAUACAUAAUUAUAUAUAAAUUUAUUUUUCUCAGUGCUAAAAUUGAUUUAUAGCUGUUUUAUUUUUGUUUUAUAAAAUUUUAAAUGAAUGGAUAACUAAAUUUAGAA